AUGCGAAAUGCUUCAACACUGAGGGCAAUUACUACUGCCUGUGCAAUGAAGGAUAUGAGACAGACGAAAAGAGGGUCAACUUUACACAAGAAACUGGAGAAGCAUGCAGAGAUGACUGAUGCUUUUCCUCUUUCUUCCUCAACAGAUAAAAAUGAGUGUAAGGAAGACAGAGGUGUCUGUGGGCCAAACACUGAAUGCAGAAAUACAAUUGGAUCUUUCGACUGUACAUGUUCACCCGGUUUUGUUAGCAGCAGUGGAAGUGAAAUGUUUAAAGCUAACCAAGGAAUUAAUUGUACUGACAGAGACGAGUGUGAAUAUGAAAAGUGUGGAGAACAUGCAAAAUGCAUUAAUUUCCCUGGCAACUACAGUUGUGUCUGUGACCCUGGUUUUAGACAGACAUUAGGAAAAAUGCAUUUCUAUGAAAAUGAAGGACCCUGUGAAGAUGUCGACGAGUGUCAACGGAAUAGCGAUAUCUGUGGACCAAAUGCUAAAUGCAUUAAUACAAUUGGAUCCUACAAUUGCUCAUGCAGAGCAGGUUUUGUCCCCAUUAUGACAGAUGAGAGAUUUAAACCAAGUAAAGGACUUCUUUGUGUCGAGGUGACGUGUGACCAGUUCAGAAAUGAGAAAAAUUCUGACCAGACCAUGACAGAAAUUCAAACCUUCCUGAGAAACAGCUGCUCAAACCUGACCGGUCUUGCAUCUCUGGAGGAAGCAAGGGAGACAGCAGAUCACAGAUUAGGCAUGGAUGGAGAAAGUCUGUUAGAGAGACUUAUGGCCAUAGUAGAGAGGUUUCUGUCGGGUGGGCCACUGGAUGAUAAGAAGAAAGUGACUGCCUUCUUGACCUUGGUCGAGAACAGUGUUAAAAUGAUUGGACCAUUCUUGAAAGGACGCCAGACCAGGAUAUCAAACAGUCAGACUGAGGUGAAAGUAUGGAUGGAAAAAGGGAUGUCACCACCACAGGGAAAUCUCGUGGCAUCUGCUCACCACGCACAACUAAACACAACCUGGAAGACUGCCACUGGUGACAUAUACCCUGGUUUUACAACUGCAGCACUAAUAUGCUACCAUGGACUGGAAAACUCAAUACCCACCAGAUAUUUUCAUGAACUACAGGAGAAGACAGAUAAAAAAUUUCACAUGAACUCAAAAGUGGUGACUGUCGCUGUCAGUAACCAAGACACAUCACAUCUACAGGAGGACAUCAUCCUGACCUUCAAACAUCUUCAGCAGAAACCUGAGAAAUAUGAGCACAUUUGUGUGUACUGGGAUCCAGAUAAGGAUGGCGGAGCCUGGUCUGACCGUGGCUGCGAAACAGUGUCAUCUACUGUCAAUCACACUGUCUGUUCCUGUUCUCAUCUCAGCAGCUUUGCUGUACUCAUGGCUUCCUUUGAUGGAAAGGACCCUUUUGAGCUGCAGGUCUUUACAUGGGUGGGGCUGGUCUUGUCUUUGAUUUGCCUGAUCUUGUCUAUCAUCACCUUCAGUACCAUUCGAUCAAUAAAAAGCACCCGCACCACCAUUCAUCUGCACCUCUGCAUCUGCCUCUUCAUCGCUGACCUCAUCUUUCUCGCAGGAAUCUCCCCUACAGGGAAUAAGGUGGGCUGCAGCGUUGUGGCUGGUCUGCUCCACUUUUUCUUCCUGGCAGCGUUCUGCUGGAUGUGUCUAGAAGGGGUGCAGCUUUUCCGAAUGGUUGUCCUCGUCUUCCACACCACACUGCGCCCUCUCUACAUGAUGCUGGCCGGCUACGGAGUCCCUGCCAUCAUAGUCAUCAUCUCUGCCAUCUCCAAUUCGAAAGGUUAUGGCACUGAUCACCAUUGCUGGCUAAGCAUGGAGGCUGGUUUUAUCUGGAGCUUCUUUGGACCUGUCUGCAUCAUAAUUGCUGCGAAUACAUUCUUCUUCCUUGUAACAGUUUGGAAGCUAGCACAGAAAUUCUCAAGCCUUAAUCCUGAUUUGAACGCACUGCGAAAAAUCAGGACUUUUACCAUUACCGCCAUCGCUCAGCUUUGUGUGCUGGGCAUCAUGUGGAUCUUUGGCUGCCUCCAGUUUGACUCUGACACACGGGCCAUAGCAUACAUAUUCACCAUCUUCAACACCCUGCAAGGGGUCCUCAUAUUCAUCAUGCACUGUCUUCUUUCCAAACAAGUGAGAGAGGAGUAUGCUAAAGUCCUGGCACGCUUUUGCUCCCCACAAAAGAAGAAAUACUCAGAGUUCAGCUCAAAUCAGUCCAAGUCACAGGUAUCCAAGAGUGUUCAGCACACCGGGGAAUCAGAAAUCUGAGAGAUCCCAACGAGACCUUUCUACU